UGAAUGGUGUUUGUGUUCGUGUAAAGGAGAAUUACGGUAGGAAAAAUAUGGAAUAUUGAUAAUAUUUCAGGAACUAUAAGGAGUAAAUAACGUACAGAGAUCUAUUAUGGAUUUUUGAAAGGCACAUGGUUAUAUAAAAACUCUUUUGUAUUGCUCUAUUUGGUAGCUAAUGUAAAGUCGGUUGCAUUCUCCAAUACAAUAGGGGGCGCUAUGCACCAUUAAAGUCAUGGUUGCAAUCUGCCAUUAAAGAAGACGAAGAAUUCGCUUACAAGGAAAUGAAACUAGCUCCGGUUUAAACUUUGUUCGUGUGGACUAUUCUUAAGUUAAUGUCGAUUCUUUUAAGUUUUUUUCACGGAAAUUUAAUUUGUCGAUAAUUUUUAAGAGAGAUUUUCUAGUUUUUCUAGUAGUUUCUACACAAACAUGGGUGACUUCUCUAUCAGUCCUUUGGUUUUAUUAGGGGUAGGAUCCAGUUUUGCCUGUUCAGGCUUGUUCCAUCAUUUAUACCAACAGAAGAAAAAAGAGUUGACGAAACUUAAGGAGAUACCGGUGUUCAGACCAGACGAACAUUUGUGCACGGUGCUGAAAUCAUCUCCCCACAGGAGGCUCCAGUAUGUUGCAGUAGAAGGCCUAGUCCAGGCAGAUGAGAAGCCUCUGAGCAGCCAGUUUGUCCCGAGAUGCUUUGGUGUUCUUCAGAAGAUAGUAGUCCAGGAGCAUGGUGAAUACUGGAACUCCCUUACUAAAACAUGGAGCUCUCGGCGGAUGAACAGGAAAGAAACCAACAACUCUGUACCCUUCUCUCUUGUAUGCCCUGGCUCCUACAUCACUGACUUCGAGGUGAAGGUACAAGAACCAUCGGAGGGUUCGGGGUAUUUCCUGGAGAGGGUUUACCACCGAGUGAGACGUGCCGAGGAGGGCUUGGUGAACGUGGUGUUGCAGGGCAUCAGCGGCGAGCGCCCUGUUGCUAUGGAGGAGAGCGAGGAGAUGUUGCGGGUGGGUAGCAGCCUGACUGUAUUCGGGGAGGUGGUCAUGGAGGGGGGCCACGGCAGGGUCCGGGCGCCAAAAGACGGCCGCGAGUACCUCCUAAUACCCACUGGCUACAAGAGCUACAUCGAGCGACAUGAGAGGUCAGCCGGCAUGUGGAAAAUGCUGACUGCUGUUACGGGCAUCACCGGAGCGUCGCUCCUCGCCAUUGUCAUUUACGGCAUGGUAGAAACACGGGAUGAUAGAUCCAAAUAGAUGUUUCAGAGUGAUUCCAUCUACAUAUAAGGAUAUUGACCAAUAUAUAAAAGAUUAACCAUUGAAUCAGCCAAUCAAGGGAUAUAAGGGAUUUGAUUUUGAUUUAUUUUUAUAAUAAAAAUUUUCUUGUUAAUUUAAGCAUUGUCAUCAGUGCAUUUUAACACUGACCAUUGAAAUUAAAGUGUUAAAACUAA